AUGAGCGACCUUGCACCGCCCGCGCCUGCGCACAGAGCGAGCCUCAGAGAAUUCUCGAACUUCGAUUUGCCUUCGCACUCACCAGGAGAGGCCUCAAGUCUCGAAGAAGACUUGAGGCCUCUCCUGGCGCCCGCGCUGCGCCGCGGGCAGGAGGGAGAAGAGGCUGCCUGCCACGGGAGCCAGAGAGAGGACGGGCGCUCACCGAGGACACGUCAACGACCCCAGCGAGCGCCGGCGGGCGGGGGAAGCGAGGGGACUGGCCCCCUCGAGACCCACUCCGCUGCGCCGGCGGCGCGGGCGACUGCAGGCGAUUCCCCAAGAAGAGACUACGGGAAAGGAAGAGAGACCGAAGCGCAUGGCGCCACCGGGCAGGAGGCGAGCGGCAGCAGAGACACUCAUCCCGGUGACGGAGCGACGCGGCAGGCCAGGGGGGACGGCAUCGAGCCGGGGAACGGACUCGAGUGCAUCAGGAGGCCCUCUGCGCCUCCCGCGGCCUCCUCCGUGGCGUCUUCACCGGCGCCUCCUGCAGACGAAACCGAGUCGCCUUCCCGCUCGCCGCGCAGCGGCCUCCUACGGGUCCUCCGGUCGCGCAGCAGUCUCCGCCGCCCCGCCUCGUCUGCUGGGCUCGCGACGCCGUCUUCUCCCUCCUGUGCGAUGUCUCUCUCCGCCUGGUAUUGGAACGGCAAUGCGCAGUGCUGGACAGAGCAGCGGAGACCUCUCGCUGGUGGAGGGCGGCCGCCGCGCUCAUCCUCCCCCCUGUUUCUCCAGUCAGAUAUCGAUGACGACGAAGCGCCAGGCGGCUCCGACCCCCACUCCGCUUCGCCGUCGUCGGCUGCGUCGUGUAGGCCUGCCUCGCCGCGCGCGCCGCCUUCAGAGUCGCAGGCGUCCGCGCGCGCCGCUUCCACCAGCGCCUGUGACGCGACCUGCUGUUCAGCGAUUCAAAACACCUACGCCGGCUCGCGUGCGCAUGGAGACAGGGAACUGUUUCUCUCGUCUUUCGAGCGUUUUAUUUGUUUCUGCUGCUCACCGUCUUCGUUGCCUCAUUCGCCGCCUUCGGUGUCAUCUGCUGGGCCGUCUUCUGCGCCGUCGGCGCCCGGCUUCUCCGCAGGUGAUUCAUGCGCCGAGGACGCCGACCUUGACGUCUGGGCUGGCGGCAGCGCACGGCUCGACACACGCCCCCCAAACUGCCUGGAGCUGCUUGUCCGCCUCGUUCAGUUCCUCUCCCUGCCUGACUUCGCGGCGCUUACAGCUCUGUCAGUCGCGGUCAGGGACGCGCUGCACUCUCCCGCAGUCCACGAGGCCUGUUUCGAGCUCUUUGUCCUUCGCGACAGUCUGCCGCGCGUGGGGCUGCAUGCGCUCUGCGCCGCGCACCCUUCGGCCUGCUGCGCUGCGUGUCAGCCCAGCGCCGCUGCUGCGCGUGCUCGCCUUCCCGCGCGUCGCUGCUCGUGGCGCCUCGCGGCGGCUGAGGCCGCGCCUCCUCUGGUUUACUCGCCCAAAGGCAGGCUGCAGCAGCGGCUGCGGGCUAGGCGCGCAUGGCGACUCCGCCGCCCCUUCGUCCAUGAGUUCUUCCUCCCUCUCCCGCUUCUGCCGCGUCCCUGCUCUCCGCCGCGCGCGGCGAGAGGAAAGGGCGACGAGGCCACGCGCGCUCAAGCCGGUGUGAGAGCCGGCUACCGCGACGGCGCAACCGAGUUGGUAACGGCUUCGCCGGCGUGCCUGGCGCCGCAACGGGUUUCCCCUGGGCUGCCGUCUCCCUCCGACCCCUCCGAUCCCUCCGACCCCUCCGAUCCCUCCGACCCCUCCGACCCCUCCGCGCCUGCGCCGCCUGCUGCGUCUUCCUCGGGUCCGUCCGUCUCGACCUCAGCCUCGUCGCCGGGGGGACGCGCGUCUCCGCAGAGCCUGUCUUUCGCGCCGACCGCGGUGGCCUUCUCGUGCAGCACUCCGCAGCUGCCUGGCGUGCCAGUCUUCGCCUCGAUCGACCUGAACAGCCGCUGCGCUCUCGCUAAAUUAGCCGGCGCGCUGCAGCUGUCCGCGCCGCCGCCGCGGGCGCCAGUCUGCCUGAUUCCGUCGGCUCCACGGUCGCCGUCGCCACUUUCUUCCCGCGCGAGCGCCUGGCGGACGACGGCCGCGGAAUUCCUGCCAGGGAGUACCCGCCUUGUCGUUGCGCAGCAGACCCCUUCGACGUUUCUGUCUCCUUCCUCGCACCCCUCGGUGUCGCUCUUUGACCUCUCCGCGGCUCUGUCGCAUUUGGUCGCCUGCGACGAAGCGCGAAGCGAAGGCCAGUGUGGCAGGGAGGCGCGCGACGACGGCAGAGCGGGGUGCGCCCCCCUCUCGGCGUCUCACACGGUUGACUUGCGGGCAGCGGGUAGCGCACUCGACGUGCAGCGCCACUGCGUGUGUUUCGCCUGCUCCGUCGCCGACAUCGCCCUCGGGGAAGCAAGCGCCACGUGUUGCCAGGAAGAGGCCAGCGCGUGGGAAGAGACCGGCGAGGAGGCUGCGCGAGAGGCCGCGUGCGACGGCGAAGACUGGGGAGAAGGAACACACACACAGACAGCGAACCCGCGCGAGCCCAUCUCCUUCUCGCUGGACCGUCGUCGUGUGUGGGCACUCAUGUCGUGCGGCGCAGUGCUGGCUGUCGAUUUGCAGCGAUCCGAGGUUGUCGCGCGCCUCUCGCCUCCGGCGUGGACUGCGUCUCCCUCGUCGUCGCCAGAGGGCACGUCGUCGCAUUGGCGAGCGUGCCGCGUGAGGCCUCUGUCCGCGUCCGCUGGCGCAUGCGGCGGGACAGGUGAAGACGUCGCGCUAGUGGUGACAGAAAGCGGCCUCUACUUCUGCGACUCCCGCACGCCGACAGCUCUUCCCCUCUACUUGUUUCCGCGAGCGCCCAGCCUCUUGCGAGGCGGCGCAUGCGCAGCGACGUCGUGGGCCGACAGCGACAGGCCGAUCGCCGCCGACGCUGCAGAUUUGACUGCUGCAACUCUGUUCUCUUCCCAGUACCUCCGCCUCUGGGAUCUUCGUUCCAACGGCGCUCCGCUCAGCGAGCUUCGUCCGCCGUCCCUGUCGUCUUUCCGCGUUCGCCCCGCCGUCGCGUCGUCUUCGGCGUCGCCGGGGGUUGCGCUACCGCGCCGCUACUACUUCUUUUCGCCGCGUGAGGCCGCGACGAGUGCGUGCAGGGAGGUUCAUUCGCUUUCGCUGGCGCCGCACCUGCUUCGCGCGCCGGUCUCUCCUUCGCCGUCGCAUGCCUCCAGCAUGCAGACGCGAGGAGACACGCCUGCCUGCCCGGGGGGAGGAGUUGAGGGGGCAGAAACUACCGCGAGGCUUGGACGAAGACGAGCGUGGAGUCGCAGAGGACCGACCGGCAGCCGCCUUGCACCAGUGGUGAGCAUCACGCAGCGAAAGGGCGGCCAUAAUUGGGAGAGAGAGGGCCUGCUAAAUUUUGCAACAAGGUGCUUACCUGCUGCUGCUGCAGCGAGGUCUUCCACGGCUCCUAAGCCGCUGCCAGUUGGCAGGCGCUCAGAGGGAUCGAGAGCCGCGGCAAGCAAGCCCAAGCUGACGGCGGCGCCAGCGCGGCGCCGCCAGUCUAGCGAACACUAA